AACUGUUUCUUUCCCCUUCCUUUUCCUUUUCUUUUAUUUUCUCUUUAAUUGCUUUACAUUCACUCAGGAACAUGCUACACGCAGUCGAAUAAAUUCUCCUUUUCGUUUUUCCUUUUUCCUUUCCUUAUUUUCAAAAAGUAGGCGAACUAUUCCUAGUAACCACCAAAAACGUUCUACAGAAAAGCAAUCCGUUUUGGCUCCUGCCCAAGUUCAUCACUCGGUCUCUCAUUGAGUUUUCAGCCCGAAAACCCAUUUACAAGUCUCAAUUCAAACUCUGCAGUAACGAUUUGGUGCUUAAUUACGUAGAAAUGGGCAGUAUUGAUGGGAUUAUGGAACUGAAAGCGUAUGAUGUGGAAGAUACCAUAUUUGUUGCGGUGGGAAAGAAUGUUGAGAAGAGUAAAACGACGUUGUUUUGGGCUGUUCAGAGCUUUGCAGGGAAGAAGAUUUGCGUGCUUCAUGUUCAACAGUCUGAUAAUGCUGUUUCAUUGACUGACCCGAAGCUUGCUGUGACUAAACCGAAACAAGACAUGUUUAGGGCAUUCCAUGAGCUUGAAAAGGAAAAGAUGCAUGAUGUUCUAAACCAAUACUGUCUCAUUCUUGCCCUAGAAGGGGUUAGAACAGAUAAAGUAUGGAUUGAGAUGGACAAUAUUGAAAAGGGGAUUGUUGAGCUUAUUGCUCGGUACAACAUUCGAUGGCUUGUCAUGGGAGCAGCUGCUGAUAAGUACUAUUCAGAGAAAUUGGAAGGGAUAAAGUCCAAGAAAGCAAUGUUUGUACACCAACACGCACCUAUUUCCUGUCAUAUUUGGUUUGUUUGCAAGGGUUGUCUCAUCUAUACAAGUACAAAUGAAAACAGGGAUGGUAGAAAGGACAGCUUAGAAGCAGAGGUUGGCCUUCCGUUGCUGUUGCUGAAUUCAGAAUCAGAAGUUAAGCAAGCAGAGCACUUGACAUUGGGAUCAUAUAAACAAACCCAUAGCUCUCUAGAUGAUGAUGACUGGGAAGAAAUAGAAGGAUUCAAUUUUCACUGUGCUGUGCAUUCUAGCCAAUCAAGCAAUAUAGUCCUUAGAACUUCCAAAAUGGUGCCAUUUCAGACAGAUAAGGAAGAAAAAAAUCGAGGACUAACAACUGAAAAUACUUGUUAUAUACUAGAACAAGCAAUUCUAGAUGCCAAAGACUCAAAGCAAAAGGCAUUUGAAGAGGCAGUGAAGCGAUGGAAAGAGGAAGAUGAUGCUAUGGAGGCCAAAUGCAAGGCAAAGGCAUUAGAGAACUUGUGUGUCAAGGAGAUGAGCCUAAGAAAAGAGAUGGAGGGAGUGUUGGCAAGGGAAAAAGAAGAAAUAGAAAGGACAAAGGAUCAAUGUGAUGAAUUUAUGAAAGAACUCCAGGUUGUCCAGGAGCAGAAGUCUGCACUUGAGAGCCACCUUGCAGAGUCCAAUCGUAAUGUGAAGGAUUUGGAGGAGAAAAUCAUUUCAGCAGUGGAACUUUUGAUAAGUUACAAAGAAAGAAGAGAUGCAGCACGGAGAGAAUAUGAAAAUGCAAUAAGGGAAGCUAAUAGGCUAAAGAAAUUGGCCAAAGUGGAAGCUACAAGCUUUUGCAGGUCUGAAAUCCUCGAAUUCUCUUUCAUGGAGAUCAAUGAGGCAACUCAGCAACUUGACCCAUCCUGGAGGAUUGGAGAGGGAAGAUAUGGAAAUGUCUACAAAGGGAUCCUUCGCCAUGUUCAUGUUGCCAUCAAGAUGUUACCCUCUUAUGGCUAUCAAAGCCAGUUAGAUUUCCAGAAUGGGGUAGAGGUUUUGUGUAGGGUGAGGCAUCCACAUCUGGUAACUUUAAUCGGAACUUGCCUGGAGUCUAGAUCACUUGUAUAUGAGUAUGUCAGAAAUGGAAGUCUUGAAGAUUACCUUGAAUGCAAAAAUAAGAGACUCCCACUUCCAUGGAAAAGUCGGAUACACGUUGCCACUGAGAUAUGCUCUGCUCUUAUCUUUCUUCAUUCCAACAAGCCUUGUAUUAUACAUGGAAAUUUGAAACCAUCCAAAAUCCUCCUUGAUGCUAACUCUGUCAGCAAACUCAAUGAUUUUGGCAUCUCUUAUUUAAUCUCACGAGGUGAAAGGGUGGGAGACACUAUUCCAGUGUCUAAUAAGUCUAACCCCAAUUUAACCUCUGCAUAUGCUGAUCCAGAAUAUCUAGAGACAGGGAUGCUUACUCCAGAGUCAGAUGUUUACUCAUUUGGAAUUAUACUGUUGCGACUUUUGACUGGGAGACCAGUUGCAGGAUUGGUGAAAGAUGUAAAAUGUGCAUUAGAAAAAGAGAACUUGGGAGCAGUUCUUGAUUGCUGUUCUGGGGAAUGGCCAGUUGGACAAGCUGAACUGCUGGCUAAAUUGGCAUUGAACUGCUGUGAGAAUAAUAGAUUAAAUCGACCAGACCUUGUGUCAGAAAUCUGGAGUGUGCUUGAGCCAUUGAGAGCUUCAUGCACUGAUUCAGGACCCUGCACAGGUUCCAAGGAUCUACACUGUAUUCCUUCCCAUUUUGUCUGUCCAAUUUUUCAGGAAGUCAUGAAAGAUCCACAAAUCGCUGCAGAUGGUUUCACAUAUGAUGCCGAGGCUAUUAGAGGUUGGUUGAAAAGCGGCCACAAUACUUCCCCCAUGACAAAUCUUAAACUCGCACACUGCAACCUACUCCCUAAUCAUGCUCUUCAUCAGGCAAUUCAAGAGUGGCGGCAAUGAUGGUGAGUUUUCUAUCAGUAUAGGAGAUGACAUACAUGCACAAGUUGGGAUCUUUGUACUUUAACCGCUGCAGCCAUUGAUAUCAGUUAGUUUAAACAUAACGUGAUGUAUAGAGCAAGAGCCUCUGCUGUUUUGUACAGAACAGCAUAUAUAUUCGAAAAGUAAUAGUGAAUACAUAUAUUUGCUUACAGAGUUUGCUUAUCCUGGAAAAGCUGUCCCUUUGAUUCAAUAUUUGGAGAGUUUGAUAUGGCAUACAAGUAUGUUUGGCUUCUUA